AUGGAACAUAGUAAUCACACUAGAGUGACUGAGUUCAUCAUGAAGGGGCUCUUUGACCAUCUUCACCACCAGGGGCAGUUGUUUGGGCUAUUCCUGUGCAUUUAUAUAGCUGUCGUCAUGGGCAAUUCUCUGAUCAUUGUGUCUAUUGCCAUCCACCCACCUCUCCACACUCCCAUGUACUUCUUCAUUGCCAGUUUAGCCCUGGCUGAUAUUUUGUGCACUUCCUUGGUUGUACCUAAAGUGCUGGAAAACCUGAUGCAGGAGAAGAACAUCAUCUCCUUUGGAGGCUGCAUCACCCAGCUCUUUGUCUUUACAUCAUCACUGACGACAGAUGUUCUGCUGCUCACUGUCAUGUCAUAUGACCGGUAUGUAGCCAUUUGCCACCCUUUGCAUUAUGUAAAACCCAUGAACAAGGAAAUUUGUAUUUGUUUAGCAGCUGGUGUCUGGGCUGUUGGUACCAUCAAUUCACUUGUCAACAUGUUGCUUCUGCUCCACCUGGAUUUUUGUGGGUCCAACCUAAUCCAGCAUUUCUUCUGUGAGUUCCCAGCAAUACUGGUGCUGUCCUGCAGCUCCACCUAUGUCAACGAAAUUAUGAUAUUCAUGGCUGACAUUUUCCUGGCCAUGGGGAACUUCCUUCUCACUAUCAUGUCCUGUAGCUUCAUUGUCAUCACCAUCCUGAAAAUUCAGAGCUCCAAAGGGAAACAGAGAGCCUUCUCCACCUGCUCCUCCCACCUGCUUGUGGUCACUUUGUACUACUCCACCAUAAUCUACACCUACAACCAGACAACCUCCAGUUACUCAUCGGAUAAAAACAAGAUGGUGGCCAUAAUGUACACCCUAGUCACUCCCACCCUGAACCCUGUGAUCUACAGUCUGCGCAAUAAGGAGGUCAAAGUGGCCAUGAAGAGAAUCUUUUCAUUCACCACAAAAAAUAAUUUUUUGAAGCCCAACCUAAUCCAGUAUUUCUUCUGUGACUUCCCAACAAUACUGGCGCUGUCAUGCAGCUCCACCCACGUCAACGAAAUCAUGAUGUUCAUGGCUGACAUCUUCCUGGCCAUGGGGAACUUCCUUCUGACUACCAUGUCCUAUUGCUUCAUUAUCAUCAGCAUCCUGAAAAUCCAGAGCUCCAAAGGGAAGCAGAGAGCCUUCUCCAUCUGCUCCUCCCACCUGCUUGUGGUCACUUUGUACUAUUCCACCAUAAUCUACACCUACAUCCAGCCGAACUCCAGUAACUCAUUGGAUAAAAACAAGAAGGUGGCCAUAAUGUACACUCUAGUCACUCCCACCCUGAACCCUGUCUUCUACAGUCUGCGCAACAAGGAGGUCAAAGUGGCCAUUAAGAGAAUCCUUUCAUUCACCACAAAAAGUAAUUUUUCCAAGUGUGAACCUGAUUAUCACCUGCCCUGUUUCUUUUAA